GAUCUUGUGGACAGAUAAUCAAAUAAUCAAUAUUAACUACAGUAUAUUUAAACCAAGGUUGAACUUGAAGAGAGACAUACAAUAGAGAGAAUUUAUAAGCAAUGGAAGGUGUUGAAGUUGAUAGACCUAUGAAACUUCACUUCAUUCCAUAUCCAGCACCUGGGCAUAUGAUCCCCAUGUGUGACAUAGCAACUCUGUUUGCAUCCCAUGGCCAACAAGUGACAAUCAUCACCACUCCCUCCAACUCCCACUUCUUUACCAAAUCUCUCUCAAGUGUUGAUCCCUUCUUCCUCCGCCUUCACCUUGUCAACUUUCCCUCCCAACAAGUUGGCCUCCCUGACGGCGUUGAAUCUAUGUCCUCCACCUCCGACGGUGACACCUCCGGCAAGAUAUACUACGGGGCAAUGCUCCUCCGUGAACCUAUUCACGAUUUCAUGGAGAAGGAUCCACCUGACUGCAUAAUCGCUGACUGCAUAAACCCCUGGGUUUAUGACUUGGCCCAUAAGCUUCAAAUUCCCACCAUCGCCUUCACUGGUUUCUCCCUCUUUACCGUCUCCCUCAUGGAAUCCCUUAGAAUAAACCCUUCAUUUUGUUCUCACACGGAUUCGAGUCCAGGUUCAUUCACUGUUCCAAAUUUUCCUCAUUCCAUCACCUUGUGUACAAAGCCGCCAAAGAUAUUCACCGGAUUCAUGGAAAUGAUGCUUGAGACAAUCCUCAAAAGUAAGGGACUCAUCAUCAACAACUUCAUUGAACUUGAUGGUGAAGAGUGCAUCGAACACUACAAGAAAAUCACGGGUCACAAGGUUUGGCAUCUUGGUCCUGCUUCUCUUAUUCGCCAAACCAUUCAAGAGAAAUCAGAGAGGGGAAAUGAGAAUGUUGUUAGUGUGCAUGGUUGUCUGAGUUGGCUCAACUUGAAGAGACAUAACUCAGUGUUGUACAUAUGCUUUGGAAGCAUAUGUUAUUUAUCUGAUAAACAACUUUAUGAGAUUGCGUGUGGGAUAGAAGCAUCAGGUCACGAAUUUGUAUGGGUUGUUCCUGAGAAGAAAGGGAAAGAAGACGAGAGUGAAGAGGAGAAAGGAAAGUGGUUGCCGAAAGGAUUCGAAGAGAGAAACAUUGGAAAGAAGAAAGGUUUGAUCAUUAGGGGGUGGGCCCCACAAGUUUUGAUUCUGAGCCACAUUGCCGUGGGUGCAUUUAUGACACAUUGCGGGUGGAACUCCACUGUGGAGGCUGUUAGCGCGGGGGUUCCAAUGAUCACGUGGCCGGUGCAUGGAGAACAAUUCUACAAUGAGAAGUUGAUAACUAAUGUGCGAGGAAUUGGGGUGGAGGUUGGUGCAACAGAGUGGUGUGUAAACGGUUUUGAGGAGAAACAGAAGAUUGUGAGUAAAGAUAGUAUAGAAAAGGCUGUGAAGAGAUUGAUGGACGGUGGUGAUGAAGCUGAGGAAAUCAAACAGCGUGCUCAAGAGUUCGGAGAAAAGGCUACACGAGCUGUUCAAGAAGGUGGAUCAUCUCAUAACAAUUUGUUGUCUUUGAUUGAUGAUCUUAAACAAAUGAGAAACUGCAAGACACUUGAUUAAUUCAAAUACCCACCACUGUCUUAGUUUUUCUAAAUUAUUUCUCAUUAUAUGUCACGCAAAAGUGUGAAUAUUGUACGUGGAUUUGGCUGCCUAUGAGUAUCUAGAGAUAUCCUGUUUGAAAACAUUACCCUAUUAUGAAUUGUGUUUAUGUAACAUUUGACGCCAACGCUCAAAUCAUGAAGAUUGAAUAGGACAGUAUUGGGUAUUACUAUUUUCACAACAUAUUUUCAGAAUUGUUUUUCUCAAUUAUUUUAAAUUUGAGUCUAUAAUAUUUUUUUUCCACUUUAUGUA